UCAUUUCGCUGUAGCGAACUGUCAUGCAAGCAUGUCAUUUUCCUUUAUUUGGAAGACGAAACUUUGUUUAUCUCGUAGUUUUCUUUUUCAAGUAUUCCACAUUUUGUAAUCAGUAAUAUCUAUUGGGGAACGCUAUUUAUCUAGCCCUCGUGCAAGUAUUGGAGAAUGCAGAAGAUGGCGCACCACCUCAUUUCGUUCAACCGGUGCGUCAGUUCUUAGAUGAAAAUUUUACUCGCCUGGAUUGGAAGAAGGGUAUAUAUUGAGUGAUCACCCAGAUCAUCUGAUCUGGCUUGACUGAAAUCCAAGAUCUACCCAGCCUGAGUCACUAGAUGAUUUGCGAUCUCGGAUUAUUAAUGAAUGCCGUCAAAUUACACCAGGAAUCUUGAGUAAUGUAGGUGAACGUUCUCAGAAAAACUUACAUUACUGCAUGGAAGCGAAUGGUGCCCAUUUCUAGCAUUUGAUAAACUUAUCACAAAAAGAUUCGCCUAGUACUUGCCUCUUUUGUGGAUGAAAUGGCUGAAGUGGUGGUCGAGCAUGAAUUAUGUGGAAAUUGCAAAAGGGAAAUUCCCCAGAGCAAUUAUGUGAUGCACUCAGCACACUGUGCAAGGAAUAUUACAUUGUGCAAAACAUGUAAAGAACCAAUUGCAAAGGCUAAGUACGAAGAUCAUGUUAAAACAUGCUUCGAAAAAAUUAAGCCACAACCGAAACAGAAAACGCCAGAACCCCCUAAAUCUAACAUAGAAAAGAGUCCCUACUAUCAAAGCAGAAAAGAAGUACAAGAUAAGAAGAUAGCAGAGAGAAAGGAGAAAUAUUUAGAAAGACAUGAAAAAUUUUCGGGGAAUUCAAGGAAGUUGGGUUCGCAAUUGCAAAGUACAUCACUAUCUGAAGGGCAUAACUAUAUUUCAUCAACAAACAUGCAAAGUACUAAACUCCAAAGUUCCAAUGUUCAUGAGUCAAAGUCGAUUGACACAACCAGCAAAAUAACAUCAAACGGAACAGGGGCCGUGAAGAAGGUUGAAAAAAAGAUCAAUGGGAAUAUUUCAAAACCCAACAGUGGAAUGAUGCCCUGCAGGUACUGCGAAUUAGAAUUGCCAAAGGUGGAACUAGAAGAACAUGAAAACUACUGCGGUAGUAGGACGGAUAAGUGUUUGGAGUGUGGGGAAUUGGUGAUGUUCAAGCAUAAACAGAUGCAUCUCGACACCAACCAUGGUUUUUUGAAAUUGAACGAUGAGCCUGGACCUAAACCUUCGUGGGAUUCAACAACCCAAAAAACUAACUCUCCACCAAGAAGAAGAAGGUUCGAACCCACCAUUUACACAGAUUUCAGUCAGUUUGAUCCAACGGAUUAUCUGCCCUCGAACUACCGUAUACCCAAAGCUAAGAUAGAAAAGGGCGAGUCUUACAAGGAAAUAUCCAGAAGAUUAGAUUGUAAAACUGAAUACAUAAGAAAUCUCCUUCAUGACUCGGCUAGCAUAACUGUACCUCUUAGGCACAGUGGAGCGGUCCCAAGAAAUCAUUUCAAUCACAAUAAAGGUCAAGCACCGCAGCCUCCUAGUCGACGUAGAAAUCCCCCUACUGAACUAACCAUCCCAUGUGAGUUCUGCGAUACCCCAAUUCCUCACAUGGACCUCAUCCAACAUCAGACCGGAUGUCGACCAGAUCUUUUCUUCUCCAGAUCUACCUCGAGGGUCAGGAGUUUCGAGGACGAUGAAGAUGGUCUAGCUAGAGCACCUUCUCCUUUGGGAGAAUCGAGAAAGACUGAUAUUCCCCGUGUCCCUAGACGUCAAAGGCAAUCAAAAAAAGAUCUUCUCAUCCCCUGCGAGUUCUGCGAUACUCCAAUACCAGAAGACAUUCUCAUUCAGCAUCAGACCGGUUGUAGGCCUGAUUUGGCCCAAUUCCAGGUGCCUUCUACGACUGCGAGCUGUCCUGAAGUCGAUUUGCCUUGUGAAUUUUGCGCAGAUAUGUUCCCCGCUUCGCAGCUCAACAGGCACCAGGCCACCUGUGGUUGAACGCUCUUUAGAGCGAUUCCGAGAGGAGCACUUCUGCUCGACUUUUUUUUGUUUAAAAUUUUUAUAUAUAUUUUUUGAUAGUUUUUGGCAUAUCCAUGCGACAUAACAAUUACUGUAAGCUGCCUUCAUAAUUAUCUCCUCUCUUUAGAACAAUGGAAGAUAUCAAAGUAAUUAAAGUGAAUAUAUUUUCAUGUGUAAUGCUAUCGAUUCAAUUUUCAACAGCCUAGCCUUUUUGAUGUUUUUAUAUCAUUAUUUGAUUCUCCAAUUUUUAUUCAUAUGUUUUCAUUAUUUACCUUUUCAUUACUUACAUAAAAGUUUUUGAUUCUAUAUUCUUAAUCAUUCACUUUGUUUUGAACUUUGGUUCUAUUCUGAUAAUUCCAUUGUGAUUCUCUGUUCAACUUAAAUAAAAAAAAAUAAAAUUUAACAA